AAGUUUGCCUUCUUCCGUGUUUACCUGAUACUCCAAACGAAGGGAGUUACACAAAUGGGUGUAGCUGCUACAUUGACAACGGCGCAAAGAAAUCGGCACAUUGGUGUAUUUGCAUGGGUUACUGGUAGAAAAUAAGGAAGGGAACGGGGAACGGUUAAGUUCAACCAAAGAAAAAGUAAAGUUUAGUUUCGUUUUGAUUGCGUUGACCUCGCCAAGUUGUCGUGUUGUCCCUCACAAUGGGAUGUUGUAGCAGCACAGAGGGCAAACGUGACUGGAAACCGCUGGAGGAGCACAGCUGCACGGACAUCCCAUGGCUCAUCAUAUUCACGUUGUUUUGUAUUGGGAUGGCCUGUAUUUGUGGCUAUCCCAUCGCCACAGGAGCUGCCUCGAGGCUAAUCUCAGGCUAUGACAGCUAUGGCAACACCUGUGGUCGGAAUAAUACCAAAAUUGCUGGAGUGCCUCUCAGUGGACGGGACAUGAGGGAAAACAAGUAUGUUUUCUUUUUGGACCCUUGCAACCUUGAUUUAAUUAACAGGAAGAUCAAGUCCAUCGCCCUGUGUGUCUCCAAAUGCCCUGAUGCUGAACUGAAGUCAUACCAAGAUGUAAAGCAAUUCGCUCUGAAUAAUGGAUCCAAUCUCUGCUCCUAUGAUAUUACUCCGACAAAGUACCCCAGUCAUUCAGAAAGAUUCACUAAGUGUCCCAAACUCCCUGUUCCACCAAGUAAAUCUCUCCCAAUCUUCCACCGCUGCAUUCCUGUGGAUAUCGGCUGCUACGCUGAAUUUGCUCAGUCGUUCGUCACAUUCGUCAGUGACAACAGCAUGCUGCGCCGGGUCGCUGCAGGGGUCAUGGCGAGCAAGGAGAUCAUCAUGCUCCUUUGUUUGCUGGCUUUAGUUCUGUCCCUGAUCAUGAUGGUUGUCAUCCGCUACAUCUCCAAAGUUCUGGUGUGGAUUCUAACCAUUCUCGUAAUCAUCGGCUCUAUAGGUGGAACAGGCGUCCUCUGGUGGCUUUAUGUGGAUCAUAAGCAUGCCCUCAAUCAUAGCACCUUAUCAGUAUUUGGGAAAGAAGUGGCAGCAGACAACGUUAAGGCCUUGCUUGUGUAUUCAAUCGGUGCUACUAUUUUCACGGUAGUUCUCCUGAUAGUGAUGUUCAUUAUGAGGAAGCGUGUGGCUCUCACCAUCUCCCUGUUCCACGUGGCUGGUAAAGUGUUCAUCCACCUUCCCCUGCUGGCCCUGCAGCCUUUCUGGACCUUCAUUUGCCUCAUGCUCUUCUGGGUGUACUGGGUCACUGUGCUCCUCUUCCUCGGGACUUCAGGCACACCGAUAAAGAACAAUGCUACAGGUGUGGUUGAAUAUGAAAUGCAGGGGCCUCUUCAGUUCCUGGUGUGGUACCACGUUGUGGGUCUCAUCUGGAUCAGUGAGUUCAUUCUCGCCUUCCAGCAGAUGACAAUCGCUGGAGCCGUGGUGACCUAUUAUUUCACAAGGAAUAAAUCCCAGAUGCCAGUCACUCCCAUCCUCUCCUCCAUGGUGCGAACCAUCCGCUACCAUCUGGGCACUCUGGCCAAAGGCUCCUUCAUCAUCACACUUGUUAAGAUUCCUCGUCUCAUCUUAACAUACAUCCACAGCCAGCUCAAAGGAAAGGAAAACGCCUGUGCUCGCUGCAUGCUCAAAGCUUGUGUCUGCUGUUUGUGGUGUCUUGAGAAGUGUCUCGCAUACUUAAAUCAAAAUGCUUACACUGCGACCGCCAUUAAUAGCACCAGUUUCUGCACCUCCGCCCGUGAAGCAUUCCUCAUCCUGGUGGAGAACGCCCUCCGAGUGGCUGCCAUCAACACUGUGGGUGACUUUGUCCUCUUCUUAGGAAAGGUGCUCAUAGUCUCCUCCACAGCUUUUGCUGGCGUCCUGGCUCUGAACUACCAGAAGGACUACACCGUGUGGGUCCUGCCUCUUCUCAUCGUCUGUCUGUUUGCAUAUCUGGUGGCUCACUGCUUCCUGUCAGUCUUUGAAAAUGUGGUUGAUGUUCUCUUCCUUUGCUUCGCUGUGGACACAAAGUAUAACGAUGGCAGCCCCGGACGUGAAUACUACAUGGACAAGGCCUUAAUGGAAUAUGUUGAGAACAGUAAGAAAAUGGGUCGGUACGGUCCAGGUGAUGGAGAUGGACGAGAGAUGAAGUCCAUGGCACAUGGUGGGACUGUAGCUUGACCAAGCAUCAGAAAAAAACUGCCAAAACCACUCGAUAAACACCAAAGGUUAACUCACCCCAGGGACAUCAGUCAGAUAACUUCAGAACACAUCAGACAGAAGCUACAUGUAGAUUCAGCUGAGCAUGCACUGUAUUUUUAUGUUUGAGAAAGAAGGUUUGAAACUAAUAGUUGUAAUAUGGCAAAAUCUAAUUUGUGUUUGUGUUUUGUUAUUAAUAGGAAAAGUUUGUUUGUUUAGUCUUUUUUCCUUAAAAGUUCUUUUUGUAAACGUGGAUUAUUUUAACCCAUAAGAACCCAUGGUGACACUUUAUAUGUGCUAAAAUGUCCUGAAUGUCCACCCUAAAUGUCUAGGUUCUUAUGGGUUGAAUGAAAGAUUUAACAUGGUUUGACAUGUAUGCUUUGUUGCAUAAACACUGUUAGCUACAGUUUGGUGUACACUUUGAAAUGAAUAGCUAACUGUGGUUUGUUAGGCUGUUCCAGUUGUUCAGUUCUUCUCAUAUUGUAUCAUUUUAAACUGAUGUAUCAUAGCAUGUGUGGUUAGCAGUGUUAUGGAGUAGUAAAUCAUACGCUACAUCACCCACUUUAAGUCAGCAGGGGGCAGCAAACAAAUUGAAACAUACAGAAAAUACUUUUUGAAUCUAAACACUACACGGGCUGUGUAAGAAAGUGCAAAUACAAUUUAGAAUGAAUAGAAAAGAUGACUCUCAGGUCCUUCUUCAUUAUUCACUGUGUCUACUGACAUAAAUUAUAGAAGGCCAAAAGCUUUAAAGGGACACCAUGUAGCUUUGGAGAAGAAAUUCAAACUCAGAAUUUUUAUAUUUACAAUAUUAAUGAAGUACUACAACAAACUCAAAAAUAUAUAUAUAUUUUUUACCAUGACUGAAUAACAAACUGUUAAGGUACUACAGUAUGGGGUCAAUUUGUUUAUUUACUUAACUAACACUUUUUAAAGUAGUGUAAAUAAACAAAUGGAAAGCAGCACUUGAGCUGCAUUAUAAUGACAUUUUUUAAAAAAUGAUAAAAAUGCAAUGAUCCCCAGCACGUUCUUAAAGGGAUUUUAGGCAGUAUUUACAAAGUCAUUAUUAAUGUUCAAUUAAAAUAUCUGUUGAGGCUAAAAUGCAACAAAAAUUCACUGAGGAUUCAACCAUGGAGUUUCUAACUAUAACCACCUGAGGGCAGCAAAUCCUUACAAAUGAAUGACCUUUCCACUGUGUCCACCAUUGGUGCCAUGCCCUUCAAAAGUAAUGAGAACCUAAUUACGUUUCAGCCUCAUACCAGGACUAACAAGUUUAGAGUUGUCUGAAUCCACUUAAGGGAAAUAAAUGAUUUUGCCAUUUAUGUUAUUCCAUAUUUCAUAAUCCAAAUCUGAUUUUAAUCUAGAAAAAAGAUGAAACCUCAGUAAAGUGGUUGGUAACUCCUGGGACAGUGGAUGAUAAUGUUAAAAGCUGGCUUUAUAUAUGUAAAAGAAAUGUGUUUUGUAUUUUUUUGUAUUAAAAAUGAAGAAGGAAAGACA